UAUCCUACGUUGUUCAUAGAAAUACGUUUACGUACUUGUAUACGUAUAUGUGUAGUAAUAUUAAUGUGUAUUUGUCUUCGUGUCCCUAUGCUCUGUUUUUUUUUAUUUAGAAAUUUUAAAUGUUAUAAACUUGUAAAAAAGUCCUGGAUCCUGCAUGAUUUGAUCGAUUGAUAAGCAAUUAUCUUACGUAUAAUUCUUGUGACAAUGAGCUUAGCAAUCAUAAUCACUUAUUUGUGUAUGGCUUGAUCUUCUGUCACGGGUGUUAAAAAGUGUAUCAAGUACAUAGAAAGAACGAAAAGCGAAAAUGUCCGAGAUCACGGUCGGCCGUUGUGAUGUUUGAGAUCAGUAACAUUAGUGUAACAGAUGAGGAAGAUGGGUUGUUGAUGAUCAGCCAGGUGAGCGAAGUUCAGAUCGCGUAGCUACACCAAAGCGCCUAGACGUCCAAGACGUUCGAAGGAUAUCCGCUGUCGGUCACCUUAUUUUCGGAAAGCCUUUUUCGUUAUUCAUCAUGAGUUGGCUGCACCGUGAACUGGAAACCAUGGAUCCCUCGAUCUUUUUACAAUAUUCACCUUCCCCUCCAAAUGGACUACCACAAGAAUCGAAGUUGGCAACCUACAUGAAUCGUUCCACUUCUACUCCCACAAGAUCCCUCAACCAGGCUCUUGGCAAACUCAGCUUGGAGUCUUCACCUACUGCAAUUAAGAAGGUGGUGAUAACAGAAUUUGUUCCAAUGAACUAUUUUCCUCCACCUAGCCUACUGCAGCCAGACUCUCCAGAAAGUUCUUCCCCUUCUACUAUGUCAGCAGUUCCCAAUACUUCUCAAGUACAUCAGGAAAAUGUUGGUGGUACUACAUACUUCUAUUCCACCAACUCUGAUAGCCUGAAUACUUCAGGAGCCUUGAAUUCCUCCACAUCCAUUGGCCCUUCGGAGUCAUGCUUGAGUGGUGCCGUGGGCGGCGCGGCCUCGCCGUAUGCCACCCAGAUCUACUCUGGAACGCCAACCCAUAUGGGUCCAAUGACUUCGAAACAAGGUCUGGCCGCGUCUUUCUACAUGCCCGAGACGAUCCGCUCUGAGAUUUACGAAAGAAACGACGAUGUCUUCUUGCAACCAGAUCUUCGCCAGUAUCCAGAUUUACCAGAAAACGUGGAAAUGUAUUCCGAACUGACGCCCUUAGAGAGUAUCGCACCGCACUGUAUUGCGACGUCAUACCGCGCCACACACCGGCAGAGCGGGGAACAUUAUGCUCUCAGGCGCCUACAUUCAUACUCCACGUCUAUCACAAAACGCCUGGAGAUGUGGAAGCAGAUUGACCAUCCCAACGUCGUGAAACUACACGACUGGUUCACUACUAAAGCUUUCGGGGACCACUCGAUGGUACUGGUGUACACCUACCACCCAGCGUGCACAACUUUGAUGAAUAAAUAUCUGUCCGGUGGCGCUGGAAACGCCGUCAACGAUGCGAACGGUGCCUUCCACGACCCGUUCUCCUCCGACCCGGAUGCACCCCGUCCAUAUACUCAUCAGAAAAAUGCGAUGCUCCGCGCGGUGGCGAGUGGUGCUUUGCUCCCCGAGGCUGUACUGUGGAGUCUCCUUGUUCAACUCACGGCGGCGCUAAGAGCAAUACACACUGCCGGACUAGCGUGCAGUAGCUUGGAUCCCACGAAGGUGGUCAUGAAUGGCUGUCGCGUGCGCAUAUCCUGGUCCGGAGCCACCGACGCUCUGCAUGCUAACAGUACUGAUAUCGCGCAGGCACAGCAAGACGACCUGACGGCUCUGGGUAGACUCGCGCUGGCGCUGGCCUGCCGCACCAUCCACUGCGACAACCUCGCCGCCUCCAUGGAGCUCGUCGCGCGAACCUACUCCGCCGACCUAAAGAACCUUAUACUGUAUUUAUUAUCGUCGUCGACUGCUCGCCGCUCCGUCACUGAUCUCAUGCCGAUGAUAGGUGCCAGGUUUUACACGCAGGUGGAGGCGCUGGAGCGACGUGCUGAUGUAUUUGAAGACCAACUGGCUCGCGAGAUUGAUAAUGGAAGACUGCUACGCAUACUCAUCAAAUUAGGAGUAGUUAACGAGAGGCCCGAGUUGAACCUCGACGCAUCUUGGUCUGAGACUGGUGACCGGUACAUGUUGAAACUGUUCCGGGAUUACUUGUUCCACUCAGUGACCGCAGAUGGCAGGCCCUGGCUCGACCAGGCGCAUUUGGCGCACUGCCUCAAUCAACUCGAUGGCGGUACUACGGCUAGGGUGGAACUGAUGUCGCGCGACGAGCAGAGCGUGCUGGUGGUGUCGUACGCCGAGCUGAAGCACUGCCUCGAGCAGGCAUUCGAGGAAGUGAUGCAGGCGGCCGCCGCCGAGCCCUAGCUGCCGCCGGCUGCGUACCCGGCCGGCUACACAUUGCAAUAACUCGAGUAAUUACUCCAUCGCUGCCUUCAUCGACGUGGCUCACAUGCUCGGUGUUCUUUACAUGCCGCCGCUACAUUACGCAGCACAUAACACAUUGAACUGACCUAAACUAGUACUUGUAAGAAUAUUGACUCGUUUUAGUCUAUCGCAUGUCAAGAAUAUCCGUCGUAUGUAUAAACACGCGUUAAUAUGCGUUACAUGUGCAUUUUUUGACGAUGUUAGUAGUCCAGUUAAAGUUAUAAAUGUUGAUUUAUUUGUAAUGUGAAGCCGCCGAGCCGGUCCGUGUUCAAUUCUGUCAUCCGCGAAUAAGAUAUUUUUGUAGGUGCGUCGCAACUUUUGUGCUGAAUUCGUACAAGUUCGUAUAUUCGAUGGCAGUUAUUGAACCAGUGGGGAUAUCAUUGUUACUUCCCCUAUUGGGGUACAGAACAUCUGUGGGGUUACCAAAAAUAACGAGUCUUAGUGAACAAGGCGCUUGCGCCCCUUUUCUUGUCCUUCAGAAGCUCUCUCGUCUAGUUUAGUAUUACACGAAAGAGCCAGUAAAGUAACAAUGCUUUUCUAGGAAUAUUCCUGACUCUGGGUUGUAACGCGAUCUCAUUUCAGAAGCGGUCUCGACCCCUAGAACGCUUCUCAAUAACUGCACCACAUAAACAAAAGAUACAAUAUUUUUUAUACUUAUGACGGUAUUAUUUAUCUCUUCUAAUUAAUUGUGAAUAAUUUUAAUGAACUGUGAAUACUUUAAAUUAAUAAUAAUUCCUAACCUUUUGACCGCCAGAGUAAAGGACACGAUAUUUUUCAUUUCUUUUGCUAAUUAUGUUCCUUAACUCGUUCUUAUUUAUAUAAUUGACUUUAUUUAUUUAUAUAUUAUCUACACAACAACACUGCGCAGGCAGACAUUCAUAUAUAAAAUUUAAGUACAUAGGUCCUGUAGACCUGCUCUUUUUUUAAGGAUCGUCUAUUAUUUAAAUAAAAUGACAAAGACCUAUACAAAUUAUAAAAUACUAUUUAAGUAUGUAACCUUAGCUUGGCGCUGAGGUGCCCUAAGUCUUUGCUUUUUUUAACGAGGCGGUCAAAAGGUUAAACUGUAGGAAUUUACCUAUUCCUGGGUUUUGAGUGUUCGGUCACGCCCACAAAAUUAUUGCAUAAAAUUGGGCCUUGUCGAAGUACCGUUACGAUUAGCCGCCUGAACAAACGCCACAAACAUUCCAAACUAACAACACAAAUGGUGGGAGCUAUCAAACGACUGUUUUAUUGAAUUCAGAAUUGAGCAGUUGCUAGUAAGCUGGGCGACGCGGCGGGGCCCGCUGCUCGCUGCUGUCGCUUUAUCGAAAGACAACGGCACGCGUGUGCUCAGCGGAACUGAACUGAGCUCUAUGUUUACACGGCCACAGCCACAUCACAUAAAGUUAAUGUUAAUGAAAGCCGUGCUCAUCAGUUUCCUUAGCUGAGACACGGGUGUACUCGUUGUUAGUAUAGUUACUGUUAUGUCACGUAGAUCUGAAUUUGUAUUGUGUUGGGGCGGGGCGGUGCGGCCACCCGGUCGGUUAAUGUUAGAAAGAUCGGAAAGAUCUCGAUAAUAAACCUAUGGCAAUAAUACAGUUUUAUAUGGCCGCGGACGGCGCGCAGUGUCCACCUCGCCCUCGUUUAUAUCAUGUUGUUGCAGUUUAUUAUACAUUAAAUAAAUUUUAUUGCAAUCUGUUUCACUCUCCCUCGGACGUCGUUGCAAUGUCUGUCCCAUACGGAGUACGGACGAUGCAGCUCGUCGAUUGUUUUGGUUAUAGGGUUCCGCAGAGAGGUAGCACAUUACUCUCACUAAUUUAUGUAAGUAAAUUAUUUGUAUCGAUCAAAUGGUUAAUUAUUUUUUAAUAUUAGUCAAUGCUGGUUAUUUAGGUGUUAAGCAGGGUAAGCGAACAGAGCUUUUGAUAAGUUAAUGACGUUUAAAUUUAUUUUGCUAUGCACUAUUGCGAUUAAGUAAAUCACGCUCAAUUCGUCCAUCCUAUAAUAAUUGUGAUCACUGUUGAAUUAAUGGAAAGUAAAUAGAAGAAUACGUAUUUAUAGAUUGAUGUUCUGUUUGUCUGCGGAAACCCUAUAUACUCAUGUUGAUCCAGGGCAAGCUUAUUAUUCUAUUCACGUUGGUAACUUUGUAUCUAGAAUGUGUUCAACUAGUUACUGUUUUACCAUAAAUAACCCAUUUUUGGGAGAAAUAUAUGACUAUAGAUCAAUAGAUGAAAUGUACCUAGGUGCCUAGGUACAAUAAUUAUGUUCUAAUAUUUAUUUUGAAAGUAAAGUAGAUAUCCCAUUGUUGAAUUUGCAAAUUCCGAUCUAUGUAGAGAUGGACUCUGAGAAUAAAAAUAUUUUGAGAUAACUAUAAGUGUAUAUUUUUUUCUAACAAAUAAAACGUUUUAACAAAU